UAAAUCAAGGGAUGAAAUCGAGCAACCCAAGCCAAGUCCUAAAGUAUUAGACCAUUCUAUUAUAGAUACACCUUGGAUAGUUUCUUUACCAUCAAAUAGGUGGGCUUUGAAAGAAAAUCAAGAAUAUAGAAAAAAGGGAGGAGGCAAACACAUAACAGAAACUGUAAAAGAAAUAUUGAAAAGCUUUUUUCACACUAGUGACAAGAAUAAAAGUGAGAGAUAUACAGCAAAAGAAAUGCUUCAAGAUCUGCAACAAAGAGAACAAAUGGAAGAGUUAGAGGCUGAAGAGAUUCCAAAUUUUAAAACGAUUGAGAACUGGAUUAGUCAGUAUUCAUUAUUACAUAAAAAGGAGGCAGCAAAAAAAGCCAACGCAGCUGUUUCAAGUCAAAAAAGUGCCAAAUAA